CCAACUUAAUUAAUUGAUUCUCCCCUUCUCAUCUACUCCACAAAUCCUUCCUCUCUUCUCCUUCCAGUACUGAUUCAUCAACCAACAACAAGUGAAAAAAGAAAGAGAAACAAAAAGGAGGCCAGCCAUGGUGUUCCACACGGUGCUGCUGAAACUUGCAGAAUGGGUAGUGUACCAGCUGCUGGCCAAUUCCUGCUACAGAGCCGCCAGAAAAGUGCAGAGCUGCGGCUGCUUCUUCCUCAGGAUUAGAAACCCUUCUCCCAAGUCCAAUCCAUCACCUCAAUCAACCCCAAAACACCACCUCCCCCCUGCAGGGUUCCCUAGCCUCGCCAAAUUCGCAGGUGGCAACAAAGUCGGCACAUUGGCCUGCGACUUUCAGGGUGCCCUGCUUCGUUCCAGCUCAUUCUUCCCUUACUUCAUGCUGGUCGCCUUCGAAGCGGGCAGCAUCUUAAGGGCACUUGUCCUGCUCCUCUCUUACCCUGCCCUUUGGUUUCUGGACUCCGACCUCCAGUUGAAGGUCAUGAUCUUCAUCACCUUCCGCGGCCUGAGAGUGAAGGACAUGGAAAGCGCCGCCAGGGCGGUUCUCCCCAAGUUCUACCUGGAGAACCUCCAUUUCCAGGCUUACCAGGUGGUGGCUUCUUCAGGGUCGGCCGUCGUUUUCACCAGCGUUCCUCGGGUCAUGGUGGAUUUGUUCCUCAAGGAGUAUUUGGGAGUGGAGGAUGUGGUUGGAACCGAGCUUGUCCAGGUCUCGAGAGGGAAGAAUGGCGGGAAUUACUUCACUGGGUUUGUGUCAGGAAAUGGUUUGGUUGUCAAGCAUAGAGCUGUAAAGGAUUGGUUUGGCGACAGGAAACCUGAUGUUGGGAUUGGAUCUUCUUCAUCCCCUCAAGAUUACCUCUUCCUUUCCCUCUGCAAGGUAGAAGCGUAUGUGGCGAACAAGGAAGAUUCCAACAAGAUGCCAAGGGACAAAUAUCCCAAACCCUUGGUCUUCCACGACGGCAGGCUGGCUUUCCUCCCAACCCCGGCGGCCACCCUGGCAAUGUUCCUCUGGCUGCCCAUCGGGAUAUUCCUCGCCUUCUUCCGCCUCUUCGUCGGAAUCCUCCUCCCCUACAAAAUCGCCCUGCUCCUCGGCACGAUGAGCGGCGUAAGGAUCGAUUUCCACGAUUCCAGAGACAGAGCCGAAACAGAGGAUCCCAAGACCCGAAACAGGGGAGGAGGGGUUCUGUACGUGUGCACCCACCGUACCCUCCUGGACCCGGUUUUCCUGAGCACCUGCCUGCAGAAGCCGCUCACCGCCGUCACCUACAGCCUGAGCAAGAUGUCGGAGGUGAUCGCCCCGAUCAGGACGGUGCGGCUGACCCGGGAGCGGGAGCGCGACGGAGAGACGAUGCAGAGGAUGCUAGCGGAAGGGGAUCUGGUGGUCUGCCCCGAAGGCACCACUUGCCGGGAGCCGUACCUGCUCCGAUUCAGCUCGCUGUUCGCCGAGCUCAGCGACGAGAUCGUCCCCGUGGCGGUGAACACAACGGUCGGCAUGUUCUACGGGACCACGGCGAGCGGGUUGAAGUGUUUGGACCCGAUCUUCUUUCUGAUGAACCCGCGCCCAAGAUACUCUGUUCGGAUCCUGGAGAAGCUGCCGGCGGCGAUGACGUGCGGCGGCGGCGGGAAGUCGAGCUUGGAAGUGGCGAAUUACAUACAGAGGCAGCUCGGCGGGGUGUUGGGAUUUGAGUGCACGUCGCUGACGAGGCGGGACAAGUAUUUGAUGCUUGCUGGGAACGAAGGGAUUGUCGAUUCUUCUCCUCCCACAUCCACGAAGCACUAGCUGUUUUCUUCUUUUCUUUUCUUUUCUUCUGAUCUCUGUUUCCUUUUGGUUUUGGAUUGAGAAGCUUGAUGUUGAUGAUGACCAUUCUUGCUCGUUUGGAUGGUUUUGGUGUUAAUUGUUGAUUGGUUGAGUAAGUAUUCUUUAUUCUGCAUUUUGGUUGGUAGACUUUAUUUGUGGUUCAUAUUUUGUGCUGUGUAAUUGUUGGAUGGUCAUCUUCAGGUCGAGUGUAGUACAAUAGCUUCAGAUCUCACGCAGCUGUUUUUCCUUGAUGUUGUGAAUUUGUGGAAAGAAGAAAUUAGCUGUAUGACUGUCCUGUUUCAUGGCAAAA